AUGCAGCAGCACCUGAUGCAGAUGCAGCCCAUGAUGGCAGCCUACUAUCCCAGCAACGUCACUACUGAUCACAUUCAACAGUAUCUGGAUGAAAACAAGUCGCUGAUUCUGAAGAUUGUCGAGAGCCAAAACUCGGGGAAAAUGAGUGAAUGUGCAGAAAACCAGGCCAGGUUACAAAGGAACUUGAUGUAUCUAGCUGCUAUUGCUGAUUCGCAACCUCAACCACCUAGCAUGCAUUCCCAGUAUGCGGGAGGUGGGAUUUUGCAGCCUGGUGCACACUACAUGCAGCAUCAACAAACUCAACAAAUGACACCUCAAUCACUUAUGGCUGCUCGCUCCUCUAUGCUAUACAGUCAACAGCAAUACUCAGCACUUCAACAACAAGCUUUACACAGCCAGCUUGGAAUGAACGCAGGAGGAAGCAGUGGACUUAUGCUGCAAGGGGAGCCUCAUGGUGCUGGAGGUAGUGGUGGAGUUGGAGGUGUAGGAUUUCCUGACUUUGGCCGCAGCACCACUGGAGAGGGGCUGCAUGGAAGGGCAAUGGCAGGUGCAGGUAAGCAAGAAGUCGGCAGCAGUGGGCCUGGAGAAGGGCGCGGUGGAAGCUCAGGUACCCUCGUAUCUCAGAAACUGAAGGGUCUGUUGUUAUGGACUUGUAAUCUAUUUAUUAGGGAAAGAACUGGAUUUUCGUAUGGAAUAAUGCUUCAAUGUGCUGAUGUCCCAACAAGUCUCCUAGCAUCUGUCCUUGCGGCUCUUGAACUGGAAGCCUCAUUGGCAGUUGUUGGUGCUAAGUCAUUCUCCAUUUCUUCAAGAUCGAUUAGCUCAGUCACUUGUGUGCCAAACGAUGGUCCUAAGGGCAAGGGCGGAGCCAGAAAAUGA